AGCGCCGUACAUCAGACUCUUCGCCAGCGGCGGGAGCACAUUUAGUGGAAUGAGGUGCUCGGUGAUUAUCAUGGUGAAGUUAUUGAAGAACGCCAACAUGAACACCUGGAAGAAGUUCAUGACCACAAACAGCUGGAAGUUGCGUUCAGACAGGAUCUGGCAUGUCAUGGAGACCACCGCGGCGAACGAGAGGGCCGGUUGGCCGGAUUUUUUGUCGUCCCCGGGUUCUGUCGGUGCCGACGACGGCGAUGACGUGCCGGAGCCCUUGUUGUCAAAGCGGCUCUCGCUGUGGAGGCCAGUGUAGAACAUGCAGCCGCAGCUCAGCACCGCCACCAAAACCAUAGCACUCUGGAAGGCCGAGUAGUCCUCCAUGUUCCUGGAAUAGAGGCCACAGAACAGCACGCUGGAUGAGCCAAUCAGAGACGCCACCUGGGGGGAACACAGAAGAGAGGGAUGAAAGAUAGGAGAGGUGGAUCCUUUGAAUGGUGUGGUUGUUCUCUCUUAUACAUGCAUACAUGUAUGUAUGUAUGUAUGAUAUUGGUGUGGCUAAGGAGUUAGAUGGGCACCAAGUUAAGCAUCCAUUCCUAAUGAAAUUAAUUUGAACUAAAUGUCUGUUUCUUUGGAUACAGUCAAUGUCUAAAUGAUUGUUUUACAUGCAUCCAGAAAAAUGUCAUUGAUUUGUUGUUAAGUUGUUCACCUGGUUGUACUUAAUGAGUCUCAAGCGGCUCUGAUGGUGGCCGGAUAUCUCGGCGAACAGGGCGCACUGGGAGAGCAGCACAAAGGUCAGCAUGCCGUCGAACGCGCACAACGCCACUGUGAGAUGCAGGCCACACAUCCAAUCGCCGGGGCUGUACUCUCGCCAUGGAUACCAGGCCAGCAGAAAGGCGAGGGAGUAGAGCGGCGCGCCGUACAGGAUGGCGAGGCGGCGGCGUGAGCAGCAUUGCACUUUGGAGUUGUCCUGGAGGUAACCGAAGAGAGGGUCGUUCACCGCGUUCCAGAUCAUGUACACGACCUGAUGGACAACAGGAAGGAAAUGAAAGCCUUAAAAUAUAUACGUAUAUAUCUUGGCCAGGUCAAGCAGCAUGCAUCAGUAUUCAACAAAGAGACAACAAAAACGGACAGGAAACAUAUGUGACCUUUAUCUAUCCACUUUCGGUCUUACAGUCCACUGGAUACGUUAGGAGUAAGAUACAAAGGCUAUGACCAAAUACUCUUAGGGCCAUAUCCUUCAGGGUUGGUAUAUUGUUCUGAGCAUAACAUGUUUCCGUUAAAAAAAAGACCUUGAAAUGUUAGAUAUCGUUCUGUUUAUUAUUAACAGGCUUAGGCUACACACUAUUCUAAAUAACAUAUAACAAAUGCUGACAUUAAUAAAAUACAGAGACACUGAUUUAGUUUGUCCAUGUAUACCAGUUAUAUAUCGUGCUGUAUAUUAGGACACAUUAUUCUGAUUAACAUAUAAACAAAUAGAAUAUUGUAAGAUAAAUAUCAUAAGAGAGACAUACUGAUUUUGUUUGUCCUUGUAAACAAGUUAUACAUUAUAUAUAUUAAGGACAGGCUACACAUCACAGCAAAUAUUCUGAAUAAAAACAUAUGCUAACACAAAUUACAUACUUGUGACUGAUGGAAUGCACCCUCUGAUAUUUGGUACUUAUUGAGAAAGAGUUUGACAUAAUAGAAGCUGAAUAUACUGUUCAUCAUGCCAGCACCGAGAGUCGUCAUGGAGAAGGCCACGGCUGCAGGGUUGGCCCCGAGUUUUAUCAGGUGUCGCAUGACGUUAAUUCCUCCGCCGUAGGUGCGCGCACCUGAGCGGGGUAUCUCUGAUGCGGGGUAUCUCUGUUCGGUGGUUAAAUGUCAUACGUCCCACAGAGUCACUGUAACCUAUUGGUAAAGAAUGUAUACGUUAGAAUUUGAACCGUUGAUCUUCAAGAGCGUCACCAUUGAUUAAUGUAAGAUUUAACUGUGGAUACAGCUCUUAAACAUCGAGGCCUACCUCUGGAUACAUUUACAUAGUAGCGUUUUAGUCCUGCAUGGGAUGCAGUCGUUAAAAAUCCAUCUUCCGUCUUCUAUAUUUCUUGAACCGUUUGAAACAGUUAAAGUAAUGUAAUCAAUUAUUUGCAACGGCGUUUUAGUUAUUUUAUUUACCUUUGUAGAAAACACUUUCACCAGACAAAUCUUUGCAGAUCCUGUUGAAUGUACGCGGAAAUAGGAUGUGUGCACCGCUUCCAGUUGUCAACACAGAUUCUAUUGGACAAGGGAAUUUGUUGGCCCCGCCCAGUUAUUAUCAAUUGGUCAAUCAUCGUUCUAUCCUCGCUGACGUCAAAUGGAGUUGAAAUCCACUUCGGGUGUCUAUCCUGUAUAAGCGUUUGUCUGCCACGUUGCGGGAGAUGCCUGGAGAAGUAGUAGGCAGGCUACUACUUCCUUUGGGAAAUGCUAUACAUAGCCUACACAUCUAUAUUUGUAUGGCCACUGGUUUUAUUAUGGUCGGAGGCUUCCUCGAAAGUUCCCUCCGAAAAUGUUAACAGAUAUGAUAGUAGAAGAAGAAUUUGAGAAGGAUGAAGAGCCUUGGUAUGGAAGGCAGGAUCUCGAACAUGAUCUCCAAUUGGCAGCCCAACUGGGCAAGACCUUACUGGACAGGAACCAUGAGCUGGAACAAUCUCUGCAUGAGAUGUAUGCAACCAACGGCGAACAGCUUCAGGAGAUAGAGUACCUGAGCAAGCAGGUGGAGCUCCUGCGGCAGACCAACGAACAGCAUGCCAAGGUGUACGAGCAGCUGGACCUCGUGGCCAGGGACCUGGAGCACAGCAACCAGAGGCUGGUGACGGACAACCGCCUGGCCCAGCACAGGAUCAACAGUCUGACUGACACGGUAGAAGGGCUCCAGGGCCACAUGGAGGAACUGCACACCCAGAUGGAGGAGCUUCAGGCGGCCCAAGUGGAGCGCGCCAAGAGGCAGUUGGCUGACCCGAAACGCACCCUAGGGGCCCAGAGUGUGUCCUGUCUGAAGGAGCUGUACAACCUGCAACUAAACAGAUCCAGGUCCAACAGUGGCUACGGUGAGUGGCACUCCGACUGGCCCUGGUCCUCCCCCGCUCCACCGCCAUGGCGGAGGGACUCUCUGUGGGACGCGGACCCCGCGGUGGAGCAGGCUGCGCUGCAGCGCUCCAUCCAGACCCUGCAGAGCCAGAUGAGUGCGGAGCGGAGCCGGCGGCAGGCGGCCGAGCGGGAGACGGAGGUGACAGCCGGGGAGAAGGGGGCGCUGGAGGAGCAGCUGGCCAAGCUGGAGGGCUGCCAGGCCAGGCAGGUGGAGCUGGAGGCAGAGGUGGAGGAGAUGCGACUGCUAUGGAGGUCGGAACGCGCCAGCAGUACCCGCCUCCUGCCAGACACCGUCUUCUUCUCCCUGGUGGAGGACACGAGGAAUGAUGACGAGGUGGGGCAGCCGGAGGAGGAGAAAGCGAGAGAGAAGGAGGAGGAUCCGGAGAAUGAGUUGCAGCGAGCCAGGCUGGGGCGUCAGAGGUGCAGCAGCGACAGUUUCCUGAGUGGAGCGCUGGCGGAGGAGCUUAGCCGCAGACACGACCAGAUGUGUAUCCGGCGGGCGGAGGCUGUGAAGCAGAGGGGCGUGUCUCUGCUGAACGAGGUGGACGCUCAGUACAGUGCUCUGCAGGUGAAGUAUGAGGAGCUCCUGCAGCGAUGCCAGCAGGGGGGCUCGGCGGGGGUGCUCAGCCACAAGGCGAUGCAGACUCCACAGGUGGGGGGCCCCGGUGCCGGCCUGCCUCCCCCAGACCUCUCCCCCUCAGCGCAGGCUAUCGUUCCAGAGGACGGCCCGCCAGCUGAGUACAAGGUCCUCUUCGCAGAGAUCUUCUCCCGAAUCCAGAAGACCAAGGAGGACCUGAGUCAGAACCGCCGGAGGGCCCCAGAUGAAGGGCCCUGCCCCCGUCCUCUGUUCUGAUUGACGGCUGCACUCGCGCACGAUUCUCCUACACCUUUCACGGGGUGUCACUCAUUUUUACUAUUAAGUGUUUUGGUGAAAGGAUAACAUGCCAUGUCCAUUGUUUCAGAGACCUCCAAUAAUGACCCUGUGCACCGAUUGUACUGUGUAUGUAGAUAUGCACAUCAUCCAUGUCGAUGGAUGUGAAAGGUUUGGCAAUCCGGUCUUUCUACUAUUUUAUAUUGUGUUUUUUUGGCACACACUUGAAAUUAUCCGUGAAUGUUGAUCGAUGUUGUCUCCUCAGAUGGUAUACACCUCAAUUGUUUAGGUCACCCGAAUACUUCCUUCAACCAGAUAUGUAUUAUUAUCAAUAUUGAGUCAAUGUAUUGAUAGAGGGGAGUUGGGCUGUAUUUUAUAGUUUUGCAAAAGCUUGAAAUUCCUCUUACGGUAUUUAAAAUCGAGAAGUAUUAUAUUCCAGUAUUUGAGCUUUUGCUGCAUAGUUCAAUGAACAGUGUAUCAAGGCCAUUUGUUCACACUAAUGCUUAUUACAUGCAGGUUUUUUUCAUAAUGCAAAAACCGUAAUACCAUGGACUGGACUGAAUAGAGGGCUUUGUACAGUUAAGAGGUUGGACUGUUGAAGUUGUUGGUAACUAUCAAAGGGUAUUCCUGAGGAAAAACCUGUGGGGUCUUUUUCUCAGCAAUACAGAGAAAAAGACCCCACAGAAUGCAUGUUAGAAUGCAUUGGCUGACUGUAACAAUUUCUUAAUAGGUCACAAGGUGGAUUUUAUAUCAGAAAUGCUAACUCUUGAUUGUUCUGAUGAUUUGUUUUGACACUGUAUGCUAUAGUAAUUGCAUCUGAUGAAAAGAUUAUAGUCCAGUGCCAAUAGGAUACUACUUUUGCUUUUUUAUAAUUGUCAAACUAUUUAUUUUUCUCAAUGAUUUAUUGACUUUUCAAGAUGUCACUGUGUACCUGAUCUUUAAUGUGAUUAUUAUUUCUAAAUACUGACUUCAAAAUACUUUGAAGAUUUAAAUUUGACCAAUACUGAAUGCCGUUCAGUUGUAUUUAUUGAUAUUCGAAAAUAAGGAAUUAUUUAAUUCCAUAUGUGUCUUACAGUCACUCCUAACAAACUAAAUUAUUGUUGUUUGAACAGCGUUUUACUCUCAAAUGUUUGGAGGCCAAUUAGUAUUUAAAUUAUUUUUUACUAAAUAACGUAUAUUUUUGUAUGAUUAUUAUUCAUAAGACUAACACUACUGUAAUUAUCCCUACCUGGUUGGAUAAACAUUGAAUCGACACCCUAACUCAAUUUAUUUAAAUAAAUCUUCUAUAUCAAAAUAGUCGUCAGAGAUAACUGUUGCUGUACUUAGACAAUAGUUGUUUCUAUUCGGAAAUGCUAUUUAUACCUUUUUUCUUAAUUAUUAUUAAUAACCUAUGCACUAUCAAUUUCGUAGUGGAUUAAACAAUGGUAUCUGAUGGUAAGUGCUUCAGAAAAUGCUGUAAGCCUUUCUAGUUGACUAAGUAUACAGAUUGUUAUUGCUGGUGAUCAUUGUUCUAAGAUGCAAAUUUGUGCAGUAGCCUAUAACUACAGCAAUAUAUCGUUGUUGUUGGGCUUGAUGUGGAUGAAGGAAUUACUGCUUCUAGGGUCCUGUUCAAUAAUUAAAGCACUUAUGCAAACGCCUCUACCUUUUUCGUUUGUCCCUCA